AUGGCGGACACAGAAAAAUCCGAGCAACCUCAGACAAACGGUUUAGAGAAUGGUUUAGACGAUGAUGAGAGAAUGAAAUUACGUCCCGCCGACAUUGAUGCCGACGUAAAAGAAAUGGAAAGACGAAAAAGAGUUGAAAUGAUAAUGGGCUCUAAAUUGUUCAGAGAAGAACUCGAAAGAAUAAUCGAGUUGCAAUUGAAAGAUGGAAACGGUCCGGCGGGUCUCUUGCAACAAAUAUCAGACAUGAUGGGAAUUCAGUCUGGAAAAUUGCACACGACACAUAUGUUUAGAGGUUCAAAUUGUGUAACACCCAUCAAUGAUAUUAGAGGAGUUGAAAGCAUGGGUUAUGAAAAAGGUGAAAAAAAUCUCCGAUGUAAACUUGCAUCGGUUUUCAGAUUAAUGGACCUGUACGGUUGGUCUCAAGGAAUUAACAAUCAAAUCACUGCUCGGUUAAAUCAAGAUGAGGAACACUUUUUGGUGAAUCCUCACGGAAUGUUGUUUAACGAAAUCACGGCAUCGAGUUUAGUUAAAGUAGACAUGCAGGGAAACAUUGUCGAGCCCGGAACUACAAAUUUUAAUGUAAAUACGCAAGGAUUUCUUCUUCAUUCAGCCAUUCAUGCUUCUAGACCCGACGUCAAAUGUGUUAUACACAUAAAAACUCCUUCUGUUUUGGCGGUAUCUUCAUUAAAAUGCGGACUUCUUCCUCUUUGCCAAGAAGCUCUCGUCAUCGGUGAAGUGAGCCAGCAUCCCUUUCUAAGCGGGAUAUUUGAACCAGAAGAGAGAGAAAAAAUAAUACGAAACCUGGGUCCCUCGAACAAAGUACUUUUACUUCAUAAUCACGGAGCCGUUUGUUGCGGAGGAACGGUCGAAGAAGCUUUUUACAAUGUUUACAACACGGUAUUAGCUUGCGAAACUCAAAUAAAGCUCAUGCCGAUCGGCAUUGAAAAUCUCGUUCUUGUAAAUGACGAAACACGAAAACAAGUUUACGACGCUGCACACCGAAAUCCGGAUACGGGAACUUCUGGCGACAAAAAACCCAAACAGUUUAGAAUCGGUGAAAUCGAAUUCGAAGCAUUGAUUCGAAUGCUUGAUAAUGCGGGCUUUCGAACAGGAUACAUAUAUCGGCAUCCGCUUGUCAAAGGGGAAUUGCCCAAACCUAAAAACGACGUCGAAGUACCACCGGCCGUGUCAUCAUUGGGUUAUUUAAUCGAACAAGAAGAACUUUAUAAACAAGGCAACUGGAAGAAAUAUGUCGAUGGUCGUAACAGAUUAGAUCGUACGAAAUGGUUGAAUUCGCCAAACGUUUAUCAAAAGGUAGAAAUAUUGGAAACGGGAACUUCAGACCCAAAGAAAAUCACUAAGUGGGUAGCAGAGAGUUCACCAACGCAUAGCAGCACACCAGUUAAAAUUGACUCGGCAUUACAAUUUGUACCGAAAGGAACGAAUCCGAAGGAAUUUAAAAAACUUCAACAACAGAUAAAAGAAAAUAGACGAGCUGACAAGAUAACUUCCGGGCCACAAUCACACAUACUAGAGGGUGUUUCGUGGGAAGAAGCGAAAAAACUUCAAGAUGCGAACAUAACGCAGACGGGAGAUCAGGUUAUACUCGUUGGAGCUGCUUCGAAGGGUAUCAUACAGAGAAAUUAUCAACACAAUGCCCUCGUCUAUAAGACUCCAUAUGCUAAAAAUCCGUUCGAUUCAAUGUCCGAUAAAGAAAUCGAAGAUUAUAAACAACUUGUCGAGAGAAAACAAAGAGGUGACACGGAUUACGAAGAAAGUCAAUCGGAGUCGGAAGCGAUAUCAUCCAGUAGGCAGGAUCCACUACGUCCUGUUAAAUCUCCAUUAUUAUCUCCUCAUUCUGCGACGAGCGAAACCGAGGAGGAUACUAGAGACGAGCCUAGGGUGCUAAGAAUAGAAACUAAGACUGCGCCACGGCCCAUACAAGCUGAGGUUGUUCUAAGUGACGCUGAAUCUGAUUCGACUGAUGCAAGAGUUGAGAGAUCUCAUUCCGCUAGAUAUCCUAAAGCAGAAAAACCAGAAAGCGUCAAUCUCAUGAAUUCAUUUAGAAAAUCGUGGUCGCUUAAAAGGGAAAAGGACAAGAGUAAAGAUCAUAAUUAUCCUGAUGGUAUGACCGAACCUAGAAACCUUCACACAAGUUACACGUUCAAAGAACCCGAAUAUAACCGCUCUGGAUCCUUGCAAUAUUGCAUAGCACGUAUAAAACAAUUAACAUGCAAGCCUGUGAUUGUAGAUAUAAGGGAAAAAUCGCUUCGACCCAUGCUUAAAUUUGCUUCCGAUCCGUGUAAUCUCGAUCGAAUAUCAGGCGAUGAAAAUUUUUACGAUACAAUUAACGACGCGAGUUUAAAUCAAAGUAAAAUCCAUAACGGUUCCUCCCUGUCCUGUAAUAAUAUAGCAUCGGAUUUAAAAGAAAGGUUAAACAAAAGAAAAAAAUUGAUACACUCGGCUAAAAUGAAAUUUUUAGGAAUGGAACACGAAAUGGAACACGACUCUCUUUGCGUGGAAAAAAAUUCUUUUAUCAAUGAAAAAUCUUCGUCCUCCCCAAUAUGCGCGUUGAUUUCGGAAAUUCGGGAAACCAUAAACGAAAUAGUUAGUCCGGAGAGAUCUAAAUUCACCCAAGUUCCGGUUUACAACGGUUUAGAUUCGUUAAGAUGGAUAGAAAGGCCUAAAUUCGAACCGAAAGGAAGAAAAAAGUUGGCGGAAUCGGAGGGAAAGGAUUCUAAAAUUGAAAAAGUUUCAUCUUGCGUGUCUUUGUAUAAAGUUUCAAAACAAAACGAUUCGUUAUUUGUCGAAUCGUUGAGCGAUUUCAAAAAAGAUUUUCAAAUGUUGGAAAAUUUUUCCGAUGUCGAAGGUCCGCCUGAAGAAGGAGUAAAUAUUUAUAAUGGGGAUAAAUCCGAAGUGGAAGCAGAAAAAUUGACAAAAUUCGAGUGUGCGGAUGACGCUCCGAAGGAUAAAGAAAAUAUAAUAAAAAGCAUUUUGAAUGAAAUAUUAAAAAAAGUAAGCGUUUCGGAGGAUGAUGAAGCGACGUAUACGGUGACGGAUGAUAGCCUUUUACCCACGUAUUCUUAUAUCGAAACAACGGAAACCGAAUGGUAUUAUAGUAAAACUAUCAUGGAGUUGGAAAACUCUCAAACCGUACUGGAGAUAAAAGAAACCGAACAACAAAUGGAUGGACAAAUAAUGCGACACACUGACACCGGAAUAGAUACUGAUUUUACGUCGGAAAAAGAAAAUGUCGAAAAAUCUGACGAGUCGGGUGAUAAUAAAGCGACCGAAGAAAAAAAUUCGAACGUUGCAGAAGAACCUGAAACCGAAGCGGUUUUGGGUGAAUGUUCGAUUUUAAAUAAGAGUUCAGAAACGGAUUCGUCAUUUUUGAAAAGUAGCAGCGGGCAAACGAGUAACGAUGUCGAUACUAGUUUCGCAUUCAAAACGGAAACCGAUUACAGUGAAAAAAUAAAUGGGAAAACGAAAUCUCCGAAAAAAAAUUCACCGGAAGAGGAAAAUGUCAAAGAAUCCAAUUCCUUAAUGCAAUUGAAUGAAUCGAUUCGAACUACGAACGAAGAUGCAAAAACUGAAGAUUUAGAUGGAAUUGAUAAAUUUAAAAAAUUAGAAAUUAAUCAAUGUAGACUUCCGGACAUACCGGAAAGUCCAGAGUUUACAAACAUCGACACGGAGGAUGCUCCAGUUACGUCGAGUUCGAAAAACACGAGCCCGGAGGUGAUCAAUGAAAAUCAUUUCAUCGAAGAAAAAAUUAUCGGAAAACACGAUGAAAACGAAGGUGAUUUCGCGGAAAAAACGGAUAUCAAAUCAAAGGAAAAACCGGGGAAAAAGAAACGUAAAAAAAAUAAAAAAAGUUCAACGAAAAUAACGGUCAAAAAGGAAUUUAAAGAAAACGAUGCGGAAAAACCGGUUGUGAGUGAAAUAAAAUUAACGAUAAAAAAUUCGAAAGACUAUCAAUCGGAAAAAUACGAAGUUAAAAUUCAAGAUGUGACGAAUACGAGCGAAGAACUUUCCAGUUCGAUGGGAGAACACGAAAGUUUUGACGUUUCGGACAAUGGAAAUGCUGGAAAUUGCGAUUGCGAAGCACAGCAAAAUCUUGAAGAAUUACAGGGAGAAGUAUCGACGACGAUUGAAAAAUUACAAACGAUAGAAGAUUAUUUCGAAAACGAAUUAAUGAAACAUUCGAACGGAGGAGAAAAACCUUCUCCAGACGACGAAUUCACAAUCGUUUACAAUUACGGCGAAUUCGAAGAUGUCGCAAACGAAUCGAAAGGCGUUUUGAAAAAAUUAAACAGCGAAAAGUCGGAAAUGGAAAUUUUCUCACCGGAAAGUUACUGGGAAAUCAUAAACGGUGCCUUCCGUUAUUUACCUUUAUCUGGAAUUAGUAUUUCAGACUACGGUGAUUGCAACGUCGAAUUUUCACAUUCGGAUGUAUCAACCACCUACGCGAAUGAUCUUUUCGAAAACGUUUCCAUUUUCGAAGAACAUUUAUUAUCCGCGUCCUCACCGAUCCGUGAUGCGGAAUAUGAAAAUUCAGAAGAAAAUGUUUUUUCCCACGGAAAAUAUUGCAAUGAUCUCCAAGUUGAACACCACCACCGCGUGUUGGAAAAUGUUUUUUACCUUCCGAAUGAAAUAACUAAUAUUCCGUCGAAUUGGAGUUUCGAAUGUUUCAUCCAAAAUGGUAUUUUUCGAAAUGAUAAAAAUGUAAUGGAAUUGGAAAAUAAAAUGGGGAUCAAAAAUGAAAACGUACUUACCAUUAUGAAUUUUACAAAACCGGAAAUUUUAAAUAAAAUGGUUUGCGUUCCAUCAAUGAGCGUGGUCGAUGACGUGGGUAUCAAAAUUUCAUUUCCGGUAAAUUUUCCGAUUGUUUUACACGGCGACGAAUUACAAAAUUUAAAUUCGAUGACGACGCGGGAAAAUACUUUCGAAGAGUACAUCAAUAAGAUUUUUCAUAGGCUGAUAUUUCCCUUAAAAGCCAUCACGUGGUACGACACGUCGGUCGAAGUUUUGGAAGGAGUCGAUGGUCGGAAAAAUACCGGAGGGGAAAAUUGUCAGAGAUCCGAAUCCUUGGUGGAUUUAAUCGAAGGUGUCAUUCGGGAUAUUAUAAAUAAAGUUCCGUUAAAAAAAUUAGAGGAUUAUCGAAUUACGGAUGCAUCAUCGAACGUUGAAGAUCCCUCGAUGGAUACGAUAUCGGAAUUUGACAAUAUCAUAUCGUGUACGAAUUCGAUCAUUAUGGAAAUAAUAGAUUCUAUGGAGAGUCAAGCGGAGGAAAGCGGAUGUGAAAGUUUCGCGGACGAGGAGUGCGACGGUUUCGAAAAGGAAACGAAAGGAAAUUCAUCGACGAAAAUGUCGACGUCGAAAAUUUCGAAUCCCGUUUUUAAAGUCGUCAUAGCGACACCUUCGAAAAAAGAAAUAUUUAUAAAUUACUCGAACGAUUCGUCUUCGACUUUCGAUUUAUCGUCCGAUUUCGAUUUUUCCGGGUCUUACAUAAAAACGGAUGACGUCAACGAAGAUUUUGAAAAUUUCAGUUCGGAUAAUUCUGGAUUUUUUUCCGCGGAUUCAUCCGCCGACGUGAAUUCUCUCAACAGUUCCUACGGUUCCCUCGUCGAUCCCGGUCAAAUCCCCCCGGGUAAAGAUCAAUUUUUCUACGUCGGGGGUCACGAUACGGGGGAUGCGAAAAAAUCUCCCAAAUCCCUGUCGGUCAUACAGGAAUUGGACGAAGGAGGAGAGGAGGAGAGCACGUCUUCGGAUGUCGUUUCCUCUAUGGCCACGACAUGA